AAGAAUUGGAAGUGCUUUCUUCUGCUUUCCCUUUGUCCAUUACCGCAAUUCCGUGGGGAUCAUUUCGGGUCCUGGGAUCAUUCCGGGUCCUGUACAGAAACAUGUCUCAACAAGUCUCAGUGUCUGAAUUCUCGCGUCUGAUAGAAGACAAUAAACAUUCCACACAUAUUUUAGGUGUUCACGGUUUUACUGGUUACGCUGUAAUUAUGAGAUAACUCGGGAAGGCGUUUACUACAUUUUGGGUUAAAUUUCCAGGUCGCUUUUGUUAUCCAAUCCCGGUCGCUGUUUACUACAAACCCCUGUCUCGUUCAUGUUCAGGCGGCAAAAAAUCCGCCGGUAAUGUUCCUUGGUCCUGUUUUUACCACUUCGCAGGAUCCAGGAACGCCUAAUCAAUUUUGGAUGUUCUAAAGUUCAUAACCGUGAGAGCCUGGAGACAAACAACAUCAAGAUGGCGGACCCUGUUCGUCGCCCAAAACAGGAAGACUCCGCGAAAAGGUCGUCACCUGGCGAAACCCCCGGCUCCCAAGACAAAAAUACGAUGGAUUCAGAUAAAACAGGACUUUCCUCUUCAACUGAAGAAAAUUCAACUCCUGAAUCGUCUCCUAGUCAGAAUAAUGAGCUCUGGAACUCUAUGUCGUAUUGGUAUUAUAUGCAGUCAUAUUACCAAUAUUAUUACAGUAUAUCUUAUUUUUACACGUAUUACUACUGGCAAAUGGUGUCUUCACAACAAAGUCAGACCGGAAAUCAAGGACCGCCGGGUUUCGCUGGAGGGAAUGGCCCGUUUCCGCCGCAAAAUACUGCAAAUAGAGGAUCUACUGCACCAUUUUUACGACCACAGAUACAACAACCAACCAGUUGUGAUGCUCGUGUUGCUUCGAUACAGAAAAGAGUUGUGGCUGAGCUGCUGGACUUUUUAUUCCUAUAUUUCACCAAAUUUUUAGUGUUUUCAAUAUUCUAUAAUAACAUGGAACGAUUCACCCAGCUUCAAUACUCUCUGAUCAUUGAUGAAAACACAAGUUUGAAAGAACUGGAGGAAAUUCUCAUCCAAGCGCUCACCUACAGGCUUAUGGUAUUCAUGUAUGAGACCUUGUUCAUCAUAGGCGGCCUAUUCGGCGGCCUUGGUGGUGCUACGCCUGGUAAAUACUUUAUGGGUCUCUCUGUGGUGUCUGCAGAUAGCGUUGACUUUCUGUCUGUCGACGCCCAGGGGCAUGAUAUCGUCAGGGCCAUGCCUGGAGGGAACCCUGGACUGUGGAGAUCAGGCAUAAGGGCCCUCGUCAAGAACUUCUCCAUGACUUUCCUGUUUCCCAUCUUUAUCACUGUGUUCUUCUUCCAAUACAACCGGACAAUUUAUGACAUCCUUGCGGGCACUGCCGUGGUCGAAAAUGCAUCUCGGCGUCAGCUGCGUCAGCACCAACAAUAAUCACUCUCGGCAGAAAAACUAUAUGUACAGCUUUCAAGAAACUCAUUAUUUUGUGUUUUAACU